UUAUAAAACCGCAUCAUUAAUUCAAUUAGCCGUCGUGCACGAUUAUAAUAAUGUAAAAAAGAGACGGAUCAGACAGGGUCAGAAAUCUAACGAGAAAAUUUCGAUUUUAAUAUGUAUUAUCAGAGAGAAGCUUUGCUUAUUCUCUCUCAUUCUCUCUGCUCUAUUCAAUACAAAUUCUGCGAUAUUUAAUGCAACAUAAAGGUUGGAAAUUCUUUACUGGAGCACAGUGAAAGAACAAGAGGAAUGUAAGAUUUGCGAGUGAAAGAUGUCGGCCUUGAAAGUUCUAUGUAUUAUUAUUUUGAUUGCAUUCGUCGCGAAUGGCAGCGAAUUUGGAUUUUGCAAUGCGCCCGACGAGUGCACCGUGGAUUCAAGGGGAUGCAUCGCUGAGAAUCACUUCACAAAAAAACGUUAUAUCCUUUAUGAUGUGAAUCCUGCAGAAGGCUUUAAUUUGAGAAGAGAUGUGUAUAUUCGUAUUGCCGUUUUCUUAAGAAAAUUAAUUGAGAGGGACAAGGAAUUCCAGUGGCAACUGGUUUUACCACCAUGGGGUAAUCUAUAUCACUGGCGAAGCAGAAAUAUAGGAUUCCAAGAGCGUCUACCUUGGGGUACCUUUUUUGACAUUACGAGUUUACAACUGUAUAUACCUGUCAUUGAGAUGUACGAAUUUCUGAAAGAGUACUCAUGUGGGAACAGAGAGGUGCAACUUGAUCGUCUGUACAUUCUACAAAAUGACGAGGAAAUGUUCAAGACAGGUAAAUUCGAGGACAAAAACGAGCUGGUAGAUUGCGAUCAUAAUUCUUUGCGAUACCACAAAUUAAAACAACAUAUGUACACUGGUCCAUUCUGGGGCUAUUCUAAUGUCACGGCUCGAGACGUGAAAUGUCUUAAAUUCCACGGCAUGGCACGAGACCUUUCCCAGAAUCUCAUGCCAACGCAAUACAGAUCUGUAAUGUUUCAUCGCAUGGAGAUUGCUUUACACGAUGAAUACGGGUCUAAAGAAUAUUGGAGAGCUAGACGCAGCAUGCGUUAUAAUCCUGAAUUGUACGAUAUCGCAGAAGAUUAUAGGAAAACUUUUCUGAAUUCUACGAAUGAGAAUGAUAAUACGGAGCGACCAGCGGAUUGGACUAAAGAGAAGAAUCGGCGAAAUGCAAGAGGCGGGCCAUAUUUGGCGGUUCAUCUUAGAAGACGCGAUUUUAUCAUGGCUCACAAGGCGUCGGUGCCGACAAUAAUGAAUACUGCCUUACAAUUACAAAAAAGAAUGGCUAAACUUGGGCUAACUCUACUGUUUGUUGCAACAGAUGCAGAGCAAUACGAAUUUGAAGAACUUAAGUUGUAUUUACCCCAGUAUAAAGUCAUGAAAUAUGUGCCAUCUGAUUAUGUGAUAAAUAAAUUUAAAGAUGGUGGAGUCGCCAUCAUUGAUCAAAUAAUCUGUUCAUAUGCCAGAUAUUUUAUAGGAACCCAUGAAUCUACGUUUACGUUUAGAAUACAAGAAGAUAGGGAGAUUAUCGGGUUUCCAUCAGAUACUACAUUUAAUAAAUUAUGUAAGACUAAUGAGGAUUGUACAAUAGAUGGAUUUUGGUCAAUUGUCUGGUGAUAUUUCG